GGAGACGACUUCGAUUCAUUUAAUGUACCACUUGAGGAACUUGAAAGAGAAUCAAAACAUCUUACGACUCUUGCUGAACAGUGUAAGCGAUAUGAGGGACAUUACAGGUAUUAUUGCAAGACUUCAAAUAUUGCAAAGUACAACGAGGAGGUGAGGAUCAUAUGUGAAAGGUACGAAAUAUACUGCGAGGAACAAUUUCCAUCAACAAUCAACUAUAUUCGACGUCAGCGUGCAUAUUGGAAGCAAUCGGGUCUUCCACGACAUGCAGAAAUUGCUUUGACUAACUGCUAUUCGUCAUGUCGCGAGACAGAUCCACUCUGUGUUCUGGCUUGUGAAUGCAUGCAUUUUCAGUGGAUUAUGGAUCGUCAAUGUCGUCCGGGCGCUCGGGUUCCGGCACUGCCAAACUGUCAACGGUUCCUUUAUCGGAUUUGGAGGCCUCGAGCCGACCUAUCACCAUUCCCAUAUGGGUUCUAUUCACCACCUCCGGUAGUUCGUGGAAUAUUUUACGGUUAUGACGGCGUCGGAAAUCAUCAAAUAUUCGAUAUACCUCGUAAACAUGGAAUAUCCUUCUAUCGUGGCACUCAAACAACACUUGUCAAUUGGCCAGAAGGAAAAGUUUCUACUGGUUCUACAUUCGAUGUACCGUUCAUUGGUAUUGAAGGAUUGUACAAUGCUUUUAAUAUUGGUUUUCCAAAUAUGUCGGCAGCAUUCCGUAAUUUGAAUAAGUUUGGCGGUUUAAAUCCUGGUACUGGACGAUGA